AUGCCUUUUGCAUACGAGUCACCGGACUCCAAGUCCGGCAGUGUGUACGACGCCGAAGCCCCGCGCAAGUACCAUGGCCACCUCGAGCCCAAGUACGCGGGCACGGCCGCGGAUCAUCGAGAGAUGGCGGCCAUGGGAAGGGCACAGGAACUCAGAAGAAACUUCAAGUUCGUUUCAGUCCUGGGAUUCGGAUGUACUCUUAUCGGCACGUGGAACUUUUUUCUUGGCCUGAUCCAGUUCGGAUUGACCGACGGCGGCACAGCCGGUCUGAUCUACAGCUUCAUCGUCUGCCUGCUUGGCUUCAUCUGCGUGUAUCUGAGCAUAGCGGAGAUGGCUUCAAUGUCUCCCACGUCCGGUGGCCAAUACCAUUGGGUUAGCGAGUUUGCACCAGCUCGAUAUCAAAAAUACCUGAGCUACAUCAGUGGCUACCUCGUCGCCGCUGGAUGGCAAGGGUCGAUCGCGUCCACUGCAUUCCUCGCUGGCACCAUCAUCCAAGGCAUGAUCACGCUAAACUACGACUCUUACAGCCCUCAGCCAUACCAAGGCACCCUCCUGGUCAUAGCAGUCAUGGUCUUCUGUGUCUUCUUCAACAUCUUUCUUGCCAAAAGGUUGGCCUUUGUGGAAUGCAUCCUGCUGGUGAUCUAUGUCGUCGGCUUCUUCGUCAUCAUCAUUCCCCUCUGGGUCCUGGCGCCGAUCGAGAACGCAGAGAGAGUGUUUACCCAAUUCAAUAACGCAGGCGGCUGGAGCAGUACUGGAGUGGCAGUGAUGGUGGGCAUGGGCGGCGUGGUCCCCUCACUCGCGGGAUUUGAUUGUGCGGUGCAUAUGGCCGAAGAAAUCAAGGACGCAUCGAAAACGUUGCCGCAAGCGAUUCUCUUUGGCGUCAUUGUCAAUGGCCUCAUGGGGCUUGUCAUGGUCAUCACGUUGACCUUCACCCUGGGCAACGUCACCAGCAUCCUCAACACCAGGACGGGCUUUCCCUUCAUCCAGGUUUUCUUCAACGCUACCCAGAGCUAUGCUGCAACAAACACCAUGACGGCCAUAGUGGUCAUCGUCUUCGUCUCCGCGGUGAUUAGCGAGAUUGCCACAUCGUCCCGUCAGCUGUGGUCAUUUGCGCGAGACGGUGGUCUGCCGGGCUCCCCUUGGGUUGCAAAGAUUCUUCGCACGGCCAACAUUCCUCUCAACGCUAUCAUCGUCUCCCUCGUCCUGGUCAUCCUCGUCUCGCUCAUCAACCUGGGGUCGACGACCGCGUUAAACGCCAUCAACUCCGUCACCAUAUCCUCUCUACUUUCGAGCUACAUCCUCACCAUCGGCUGUCUCCUCUACCGACGCUUCAGUGGAAAGCCGCUUCCGAGUCGCCGCUGGUCUCUUGGCUAUGCUGGUCCAAUUGUCAAUAUUGCCAGCCUGAUCUUCUUGCUGCCACUUUUUGUGUUUGCCUUUUUCCCACUCACGGCCAAUCCGACACCAACGGACAUGAACUGGGGCAUCGCGAUGUUCGGCGGGCUGGUCCUGUUGGCCAGCAUCUACUACGUCUCCCUUGGGCGAAAGGUGUAUCGUCCUCCGGUGUUUUUGUUGAAGGAAGAACAUUACCAAUACGAGAUGUAG